ACACCGGAGAGAUUUGGUGGUUUUUGCUGCACUGACACAGCCGGCUGGUUGGGUUAUCGUUCCCCUCAGACACGUCAGACUUGCUGUAUUUUUAUACAGCAAUAUAACCGGUAUAAUGUCGGAUUUCGAGGAAUUUGAGAAACAGCUGAGCGAGAAUCGACAAGAGAGAGAACGAGAAAGACACAAAAAGAGGAGCCGCAGUGGAUCUCCCGCCCGAGGCGACAAGCAUCGCAGCUGGAGCAAAGACCGAGGGAGCCGCAGCCGAGAGAAGCGAAGCCGCAGCCGAGACCGGAAGAGCCGGGACCGCCGGAGCUCCUCCCGGGACCACAAGAAGCACAGCCACUCUCCGAGGCGAACGAGGAAGAAAAGGACCUGCAAAUAUUGGGAUGUGCCUCCUCCUGGCUUUGAACACAUCACACCAAUGCAAUAUAAAGCUAUGCAAGCGGCCGGGCAGAUACCAACAAUAGCUCUGCUGGCGACGUCGACCACCACUGGAGUGGCUGCGGCACCGACACAAGUGCCCAUAGUUGGCAGUCAGAUGACAAGACAAGCCAGACGCCUCUAUGUUGGAAAUAUUCCCUUCGGCGUGACGGAGGAGUCCAUGGCAGAGUUCUUCAAUGCUCAGAUGCGGCUUGCAGGCCUUUCACAAGCCCCAAGCAACCCUGUACUCGCUGUGCAGAUUAAUCAGGACAAAAACUUUGCUUUCCUUGAGUUUCGGUCUGUAGAUGAGACGACACAGGCCAUGGCCUUCGAUGGAAUCAUUUUCCAGGGUCAAUCGCUGAAGAUUAGAAGACCUCACGACUAUCGGCCUUUACCUGGUAUCUCAGAGCAGCCCGCUUUUCACGUCCCAGGCGUCGUCUCCACAGUCGUUCCUGAUUCCCCCCACAAACUGUUUAUAGGAGGCCUGCCAAACUACCUUAACGAUGAUCAGGUAAAGGAGCUCUUGACAUCGUUUGGGCCUCUCAAAGCGUUCAAUCUAGUGAAGGACAGUGCCACGUCACUGUCAAAAGGUUACGCCUUUUGCGAAUAUGUAGACGUCAGCGCCACUGAUCAGGCAGUUGCUGGGCUCAAUGGGAUGCAACUGGGCGACAAAAAGCUGAUCGUCCAAAGGGCGAGUGUGGGAGCUAAAAACGCCAAUCCUACCUCCAUAAUAGAGACCCCGGUGACGCUGCAGGUCCCUGGGCUUCAGAGGCUGCAGAACUCUGGCCUGCCUACAGAGGUGCUGUGCCUUCUCAACAUGGUGAUGCCCGAGGAACUGGUGGACGACGAGGACUACGAGGAAAUCCUGGAAGACAUCCGCGAGGAGUGCUGCAAGUAUGGCAGCGUCCGCUCCAUCGAGAUCCCCCGACCCGUCGACGGCGUGGAAGUCCCCGGCUGCGGAAAGAUCUUUGUGGAGUACGUUUCUGCUGCAGACUGUCAGAAAGCCAUGCAAGCUCUCACCGGCCGCAAGUUUGCCAACAGAGUGGUGGUCACCAAAUACUACGACCCAGACAUGUAUCACAGACACGAGUUUUGAAAGCACAGACGAGUCUUCACAGGAGCAUCUCCUUCCUUCAUCUGUUUAUAAGCUCAGUUCAGGUUCAGUCGGUUUCUUUACUCCUCUGAAUGUUGUGAACGUGUCCUUAGAGACUAGACCUGGAAAGGACUUGUUUUAUUACAUCUUCUACUUAACAAACUGGACUGCAGUGUGUGUUUCUUCAGUACUGAAUAUCUAACUCCCAGCUUUAGCCUAAUACUCACACAGUGAACUUAUCUCAUUCUGAAUUUUAAAAAAUACUCUAGUAUCCAUUACAUUUGUAGUAGAAUGAAUGUGACAUGUAUCUUACCUAAACCCUAAACUAAUACUGCCUGACAAUGUCAGAGUAGCUGUCUAUCAAAUAUGCACUAUAUGAGAAAAAAACAACAGUCAAAUGUUUAGAUUUCCCUCCUGAGCACAAACAUUUAUUUCGCUGUUUUAGAUCUAGAUUUUAAAAGUUUUUUGUGUGGCUAUGAGAGAAAAAAAAAGUUUUAUUUAUUUAUUGAUUUAUUUAUUUUUCCAAAGUAAUAUUUUCCUCUACACAUAUAUUAAAUUUCCUUAAACAUUUACAAUGCUAUUACCUGUACUGCUUACAUAGACCAAACAUUUUUUUUUGACAAAGGUGAAAAUAUACAUUUUAUCAUUUUGUAAAUAUGAAACAUUAAUGUCUAAAGAUAAGAAGUAUAUUAAAUUGGCCAUGCAUACUGGAAGCUACUUGAAUUAGAAAAUUAUCUGAAUAAAAAAUUAAUUGUCUUGGUUGAAAUUUUUUUUAUCAAACUUUUGGACUGUUGACUGUUUUUUAAACCCCUCCCCCCAAACAGCGAUUGUCCAAUCAUAGCUUAGCAACCAUAAAAAGGGCUGUAGUAAGACUUUUACAAAACCAAAACCAGAAGAGCAAAAGUGUAGAGAGCUGAUUAAACUGUGUUUAUCAGCUCGAAUGUAAGCAAACAUUAGCGUGUCUGGCUAACUAGCUUACUACCUACAGUAGCUAACUGAGCGUUACCUCCAAAGCCAAGGAGCAUAUCACUAAUUGUAGUUAGUUUGUGGGGUUGCAGGUUUACGUUAGCCUAGCUAGCUGUCUAGUAUUUCUCCGCUGUGUGGAAGCUGGUCCUGGAUGCUAUCAGGCUAACGUUAGCAGCUCUGCAGCCGCAGCCAACGUUACCUGAGAUAACGUUACGUUUACUAAAUAGUCCUCAUCACAGUGAAAACAUACUGUUUGAAAAUAAUAACAAGCAUGUAAGCUAACCAGCCAAGAGGGGUUAUGUUAAAAGAAAAUAUUGUCUGAUUUGACAUUUUUCCUUAUCAUACUUGUAAUUGUGGGACUAACUAAGCUAGCGCUACACUGCAAUACAACAACAUCAAUAUUGUUUCUUUAUUUCCAUGUUUUCUACAUGGAUCAUCAACUGGUGAGGAUGCUGACUUUUUAGCCUGGGACCUGUUAGCUUCAGCCUCACAACCUUAGCACAAUAUUAUGUAUCUAGCCAUUAAGUGCAUAUUGAAGACCCCUUUUAUGAGAUUCUCAUUUUAAGUCAGCUGGAGACAGCGUUUUUAACCAAAUCAUGGAGGAUGGUUAAUGUUAUCUUAAUUAGCUAGCUAGCUACAGCUGAUAAAAUCUGCCAGCAACACUGUUGUUGUUAUUUCAGCCGGCAAAAUCAACGGCUAGAAAUGAGAAGCUGCUUAUGUUUACUUCUGUCUUAAAUCAAGGACCCAUUGUUUAAAAAAUUACUAUGAAUUUCGACGGUAAAUCUGCCACCGUUAUCAUUGUAAACCGUGUAUGUGCUGCAUGAGAACAGAUAUCUUAGCUGACAUAGCAACAGCAACUAAGGGGGCGGGGCUUAAUGAACAGUCACCAUCUACAAUUUGUUGUUAAAAUCAACAAAAAUAAACAAAAUCUAAUAUGUCUUCAUGGUCUCGUUGAAAAAAUAAAUCAGAUAUGCACAUGUGAAGAAAUGCACCGUUACUUUUUGUAGAUAGCAUACUGAAUACAUUUUUUAAAGCUUUAUUCUUAGUGUGAUGUUUUGUCGAAUAAACUGUAUUAAAUUAAAGCAUUAAUUUGUUAUGAAAUAACUUUUAUCUGCUUGAAAAAUUGCAGGCACAAAUACGAACUGUAUCCAAACAAAUUUGUCCGACAUUGGGAUGUGAGAGAAUAUGCAUUUGGACCCCCCCCUUUGCACAUAACAGUCUGCUCUGGUUCAACGUAAACAAAUUGUAUUUUAGUGUAAUAAGUGGAACAUAUCAAACUAUAAUAAACAACCAGUGUAUUUUAUACAUUUUUGGAUGGCCAAAAAUUUAAAAACAUUUUUAGUUUGUACAAUCUCUGUCACUGCCAUUGCCUUGAAUAAAUGCUUGCAACCACUGUCA